CUUCAGAGAGCAAAAACGAAGUUGAAAAACUCCAAAGGGCGAACCUCACUUCUUCUCAUUGAAGACAGUAAACAAUCCAAACUCCGUUCUUUCUUCUCUCGUUCUCUGGAUUUCUUAGCUGAGAAAUUAGUAAAAUUCAACGAACUCUGAUGGCGAACCAGCUAGAGAACCUGGUCGAAUCGAUCAAAUCGAAGGUGAAAGCGCUGAAGAAGUCGAAGAAGACGUACAUAAAGAUGGACAAGAGCUCGAGCAUCAAGGUCGAGAUCCGAAGCAGAAAAGCUCGCAAGCUCAUCGACAAGACUCUUAAGGUCGCCGAUCUUCCCGGCAAGCGUAGCAUCUCUUGAUCGCCAAUAAAAUCUCUAUAUAAAAAAUAUCUCUUGUUUGCAUAUAUAAAUAUGUUGACAGAUUCAUCCCUGUUUUUUUCUUCUUUUUUUUUUCCCCCUGUUUGUCCUUUUCAAUAUGCCGAUUCUGUGUUCCUUUCACAUCUUCUAAGCUGCGCUUUUGGAACCGUUUCGGAUUGCCUCCUAUAAAAAGCCAAAAAUGUGCUUUUUCUUGCUUUUUAGCUUUUCUUGUAUGAAGAUGAUGAUGAUUAAUGAAUCAUAUCAACGAGAUUUUUU